CAUUACAUUAGAGUUGUUUACGAUGGAUCAAAGAAGCAAGUCCCACAAAUAACAUGAUGCUCCAACAGGAAAUGCCAGUACGCAGUCUUUUCCUGUCUAUUACAGCUUACUCUUUUCCACUGGUUGACAGCAUUCAGUGUGGACAGAUUAAAAAUGGCUUCCAAAACUGAUAAGCAUUUUAGCUUCGGGCUUAUUGGUGUUUUGUUACUGACACAAAUGGACACUUUUUGUCUAGCAGUGUGUCUAUGUGAGAGUACGGACAUAUCGAUGGCCUGUGAGGGACAUGGACUAAGCAGCAUUCCACGGUGUAACCAUUUCAAUCCAGCAGUCAGACAAAUUAACUUGUCUGGUAAUGUCAUAAGGUCGAUCGGAUCAACAGAUUUCAUAUUCUUUCCAAAGCUGAGUAUUUUGGAUCUUCAUUUGAACUCAAUAAAGGUAAUUCCAUGCUCAACAUUUCGUUUCCAGAACAAUUUGACAUUGCUUAAUCUGGGAAACAACAAGAUCUCCUCAUUACGCUGUCAAAUUGACUCUAAACGGCAAGGACAUCUCUCACUGAAUUACUCCAACCAACUUCCUUAUAAAGAUCGAGUGGAUACUUUUGAUGGACUUGGUGACCUUCAGAAACUGAGACUCAAUAGCAACAUGCUGACAAGCCUGAACAGUAGGUCAUUUGCAAGCUUAAAAUCGUUAAAGGCUCUUCACUUGGAAAACAAUCAGAUAAAGGUUUUGGAAACAGAUACGUUUAAAGGACUUUACAAUCUGAAUGAGCUGGAUCUCUCAGGCAACAGGCUGGUUCUACUCAAACCAUCAGACUUUGAAGGCUUAUCCAAACUGAAGGUGCUGAAAUUAAAUAGAAAUCAAAUCCUUAGGAUCCAAAGGAGCACUUUCAUACACUGCAAAGAAAUCACAGAGAUAGACCUACGUGACAAUUUCCUCACAGACAUGGAGCAGUCGGCUUUUCAUUGUUUAUCACAUCUAAAUAUUUUGAAGCUAAACAAUAAUAACAUUUCAUCACUGGAUCCCCAGGUAUUUGACAGCAAUGUUCAGUUGUCCUAUCUAGGAUUGAACGAGAACCCGUGGAACUGCAGCUGUGGGCUGCUUCGGAUAAAACAAUGGCUGGAAUCCACUGGCAGCACAACUGCCAGUGUGUUUGUGAAGUGCUGUCAACCAGACACUGUGAGAGGGCAGUACCUGGAUGUCAUGAGCAGUGCACUGACCCAGAGCCUGGGGAGCGUGUGCAGCCAAGCAGAGCUCUAUGUCCAACCCGGAACCAGCGAGUCUGCCCGAAACACAUGGAUGACAAAACAAGAUGUGUCCAGUCGCGAGAGCCCUCGUGCUCAGAGAAGGGUUAGACGGACCGUUCCGAGGCAGCUUGUCAAGCACACACCCGGCAGUGUGGAUGUACUGCAGUACCCUGAGCAACCAGCAGAUGCCACACAGACAAGAUCUGCUGCAAUAAGCACAGGGAAUGGAUCCUUUCCCAGUGCACCCCAAGUCAGAAAUAUAUCUGGUGCAUGUGCUUACAAUGAACACAUUCUCCUCAAUCUGGGCUCAGUGACAGUCUCCUCAGAUUCAGUGUUCUUAAGAUGGACUGUGACUGGACAAGCCAACACAGGUGUUUAUUUCAGAAUCAUGUAUGAUCAGUUUGACACAAAGACAAAGUUCAGCCGCUUUGUCAACAUCAGGCAAGGUAUGGCGUGUAAGCUGAGUGACCUGCGGCCUGAGACCCCUUACUUCAUCUGCGUGGAGAGCGUGGUGGACGAGCGCGUCUGCCCAGUGGCCUCUCGUGAUCUUUGCGUAGGUGUGGUCACGGAGCCCGAGGUGUUGUCCGGCCCUGAGCCAGAGACGGUCAUUCUCAUCUUCACGGGCAUCAACAGCCUGUCCAUCGUGGCCAUCCUUGGCCUGCUGGCGUGUCUGGGGCUGGCGCUGCAGAAGAGAUUGCCCACUGACGCCGUGAGUUUGAUCUACGCCCGGAACAGAUGCGAGUCGUGCGCCAUGUGCACUGUCCAAAUGUCUGACCUCAACUCCGCCGUGAACACCAACAGCUCCAACACCGGAACAUACCAACCCAACGACGCAGAUGCCAUAGACCUGCCACCUGGACACUAAACAUAGUCAUUAGUAUAGUAUAGCAUGUUAUCAUACAUCAAAUAUACAAUAUUACAACAUUGUCAUGCAAGUAUAUCCUCUAAAUGGAGACAAAAAUCUGUUUCCAACCUGUAGAUUAUUUUCCUUGCACAUGGUAAGGAUACAAUGAUGCACUAGUUCAGUUUGUAUAGUUGUGAUGAGUAGUGUGAGGCGACUCUCUGAUGUCAUGGGGCGUUUCCUGUUCUCCUUCUCACUUUCUGUCAGCAGCGUUAGUGAAGAGGACAACAGCAUCAGCCACCACCCGCUGACGUCCUCUUUAAACGACCCAAAUGAUCACACCAGUGUUAUUCAUCUAAAUCAGUGUUUCUCAAACUUUUUCAGACCAAGAACCACUUAACCGAUAAAAAAAAAAACUCACGGACCGCCUAG